CUGCGACUCGAUUGAAAACAAAAAUAUUAAAGAAACACAAAAGCACACCGACAUCACUCCCUGCCCAGCAGUAGCAACCAAUGAAUCCUGAGGAAUGCAUUGCAGCCCUGCCCCGGAUCGAGAAGGGCGAUUCACGAGACAUCUUCAGUCCAAUACCUACUCGUCCAGAGCCAUACUCUUUAGACCUCGUUCAAGAAUACGCUCGUUUCUCUGCCCCGCCUACGAAGGACCAGCCGACCGCAUCAUCAAAGCAGCAUGAGUCAUCACCAUCACAGCGAACCCCUCAGCAACAGCAACAGCAGCAAGGACAGCUUUCGCAAAAGGGAGGAGGAAACACAUCGGACCCACGAUACAACUGCACAGUCUGCAAGAAGUCCUUUGGUUCAGAAGCAACCUGGAACAACCAUCAGAUGAGCGCUAAACACAUCGCCGCUGUUAAAGAUGCGGAAAAGUCAAAGAAGAAUACCAACGCCAAGGGCGGAUCAAAAAGUGGAUCAACCAAAAAGGGUAAGCAGCCGCAGCGGCAGAGGACGAAGGACGCGGAAGAUGAUCAGGAACAGGUCUCACCCGAGGUUACUGAGGCAUUGAUGUCGUUCCGGAAAGUCGAAAAGCUCGUCAAGGAGAAUCCAGGCAUGGCUGCAUCCGUACUUUGGAAGAUUGCUAAGGCAUUAUGGACAUACCGACAAUCCCUCGAGACCGCCAGGGCACUUUUUCUUUUAAUCCAAGUCCUCAACGAUCUGCAGUCAGGAACAGGACCCGCCUCUGACACACAAUCGCUCCCGACUCCUGGAUCACUCUCGCCCACCCAGAUCAGUAUGACCCUCUACCUCUCACGACUCGCCUUUGCCCGUCUCAUCGUCUAUCAUUCACCCUCUGUCGCACUACACUUCUACCUCGAUGCGAUUCAGGGACGCUGGCAUAUCGGACCCUCGGAUCUUCAGGCCCUGUGUGAUCUGAUCAGCACAGGAUCCGUCCCACAACUCCUCGAUCGAUGCAAAGACUUUUUGGAAACACACCCAAAGACUGAGAAACUCAUGGCAUCCUCCUCCUCCUCCUCAACAACAACAACAACAACAACAACAGUAGCGGCUGCUGCGACGACAGCUUCAAUACCAGGAUCGUCAACAUCUUCGACAUCAUCAGUACCCACGGCGGCUAAAAAGCCGACGGACCCCAACUUGAAGUUACUCACCGUCCUCCUAGAAGCCGCCUCGAUGAUCUCUCAACACUCCAGCAGACCUUCACUAUCAUCAACACCGUCCACCGCCGCGCAGGAGAACCGCAGCCGAGCAGAGACAUCCUUGACCCUCUUCAGCAUGGCCCUCGUUUUGAGACAAGGCGCCGGAGGAGCAAAGGACGGAAACACAGACGACGCCAAAGUAGACGAUGCCGCUAUCCUGAGGAGCAUGGCCAGCGUGUACAAACAUUUGAGCAUGUCCUCGUCUGCGGCAGCAUGUUUGAUCCGCCUCGGAGAACUGAGUCGUCCUCAGGACGACAAGGACGACAAGGACGACAGGGUGCUCUGGGAUUUAUUCCAGGCUCUGUUAUGGGCUAUGGAAGCGGGUGACUUUGUUCGAAUGCAGGGCGCAAUCCGUCUGGUGCAGAGUUCUGGACGAUGGAACCAGUACCAGGACAUUAAGGAUAUCGUGAAUAUUGCGAAUGCUGUCAUCUCGCAGGACAAUGAAUAUCUCUAUAACGGUGUAGCUCACGUUUUGGAUCAUCUCUCACUACUGAUCGAGGCAGGCAGCGACGAUGACAAGAGCCAUCUACUGCUUUGUCGAUACAACACAUCAUCUGCCAGUAUAGACAUCAUUCGUCGAGUAAAACGACUUGUAACAUAA